AUGGCGGGUCCCGCCCCAGCUGAGCAGGAACCCUGCUCACCAGCCGCUUUGCCGCCACAACCCGACACCGCCCAAGUCGCUCCGGUUCUUCCUGAUGAGACUGGCUCCGCCCAGAUCCCCUCACCGACGACGGCCCCGGAAUCCUCGUUUCCGGCAACGCAGCAGGACGCGACCCAACCGGAGCCCAGCAUGCCCACCGCAACAGCGCCCGAAGCACCCAAGCAGACCGAGCCACCCACGCCCGCGGUCGCGAAAGGCCCACCUGCUGUUCCAUGCUCAGUGUUGCCACGCCCCGUGCCAGACAAGCCCACCGAAGCCGAGGCAACAGCCACACCCAACCGCCAGGACGCCAUGGCAACCUUGCUGGCAACUUUGAUCACCCAAAUGGCUGCUCAAGGUGGCACGCCCGAUAUGACAAAGCUAACGGCUCUUGCAGAGAGCUUGAAAGCACCGCCCACCCAGAGUGCGACCCAGAGUGCUGAUGCUGCCAAAGCCCCGGCUGCCGCAGAGUGCGUUAACGGCCCAACCCUGCCCCCAUCCAACCGCGUAGCCCAAGCGAAGACAGACCCGCCCCCGCCGCUGCCAGCGCCCGCCGCCGCUGCCCCACCCCCGCCAGCAAAGGCGGCACCGAUCGACCCGACCCGAGUCAACAGCUCAUCCCACCCGACGGAGUGGAAGGGGUUCAUGCGGUUCUGUGAGAAGAACCCAGGGGCUGAAGAGCUCAAAAAGGCUUGGAAUGCUGGUGGAGCUAAACGGAUGGCGGCUUUUACCAAGUACGUGCUCACCGGCUGUGAUCCUCUCGCUCUCGAAUGCGCCGUGCGAUUCAAGCGCCAGCGUGAGGAGACAGAUGAGGAUGCAGGUGAAUACUACCCUUGGAAAGACAUCGUGGCAUUCCACGGCGGUGAUGCUGAUGACGAGAUCGCGAUUGAUGUCGGCUGCAACCCCUCAUAUGCGGCAUCUGUGUGUGCUAUGCUGGAGAGUGGCAACGGCGCGGUGCCAUCCGUGCUUGCCGGUGGCACAGACCCCGCCAUACUCCCGCCACCGCCAAAAAACGGAAAACAGAAUAAAACCGCGAUUGCCGAUGGCUCCCCGCAGACGACAAACACUGAGCAGCCCGCGAACAAGAAAGCACGUGCCGCAAAGCCCGAGGGAUCGGAGUUGGAGCUGCAUGUGUGUGGCGACGACACGGAGGCAUUCGUGAAGAACUGGGUGCAAGCUGCGAAUGCAAUUGGAGUGUCCUUGCACGGGGACGAGGGAACAGGAGACUGGAAGCACAAGCGAGAGUGGCUGCAGCAACAGCGCUGUGGCAGCUACAUGGGUGGCAUCCUAGCACUGAGUACGCUGAUCUUUUGCACAGUCUUUGGACGGGUACAGCGCGUGACGCAGAUGUCAUACCUGGCACAGCGAUUGUGUGAUUUGGCCGAAUCGGUGCCCGAGCUUCGUGUUGCGGCUGUCAAUGCGUGGGCCAUCAACCAAUUCAAUUGUCGAUUGGACGAGUGCUUGGACGCCUUUACUGCCAUACCUACCUGGUUCUUGCUGCCUUGUACAAACUGCGGCCGAAGUACCAUCAGUUCCAUUGCGAAGUGA